AUGGAUUAUUUUUGGCGACCAUUUAGUAGUUACUUGGUAAAGUAUAGUAUCCAAACACACUUCGCAGUAUUACUACUGUUAUCGUCUAAAUUGAGGGGACAAGAUUACGGCACCGUAAAGCCGCAUUGUGACAUCGUAGAAUUCAACAGCAAGUAUUUUGACAGGCAAAUAUUGUUUGGUGGUUAUGGACGGUCCUUCAACUUAUUUUUCCAUGAAUUAUCUGGCAGCUUGUUCUUUAGUCGAGCAACCCAAAAGACAAAUCUUACAGAUCGACAGAUCAUUAUGUGUAACAGAGUUAAAGAUUACUGCACUUAUGUCCAUGGAUUAGACAAAGGUUCUGCGAUAGCCUACGAUCAGAAUAGUGACGAAAUCUUUUUUGGAACACCUGAUGGUGUAUACCGCUAUGAUUACUUUUUAAAGAAAGCUAAACGCGUUGGUGUAGAAGACGUACCGAUAGGGGAAUUGCAAAUAUUUGAUAAAUUCUUUUAUUACACAGUACAACCAGUUCAUAAACUUUAUAUGGUAGAAAACUAUAACUUCUCCGAUGUAGCAUUAGUUAUGUAUACAGAAGUAGACCAUUUCCAUGUCUCAAGACGUAAAGUUUUUUACGUUUCAAACAGAACGGCUUUAUACGAGUUUUCAAACACAAAAAGUUGUGUUCUCACAAAUAGAACUAAUUUAAAGAUACGGCAAAUUGUGGAAGACUCUGAGAAGAAUGUAUACUUUGGGACAAAUGAAGGAGUUUAUACGUACAAGAAUCGUUUUAGAAGAAUCAUGAAAAUGCCUAUUAAAUCUGAGUUGUUUGGUUGGACAGUAGUUAAUUUGUUGACUCCAAAAAAUAAUUUGAUGAUAAUAUAUUCUGAUGCAAAGAAUAUAUACAGAUUAAUUGCGAGUGACAAUACCUAUUGUAUAAAUGAUUAUAUCGCCCGAAAAAAGAAAUACUACGAAAAAAAUAAGCGAAAGAACGAUACUGUAUCAUUAAAGUUGCAACUCAUUCUAUAG